GUACCUCGAACGGACAACGGACCUCCGCACUCGAGUACAGGCAUACGACGUACAUGAGUCUACCGUGGUACGCGGAGCGCGCGUGCCAUGUUGACGUGGCGAGCGGAGCGUGAUUGGACCGGAGUCGCCGAGGCUGACAGGACGGACUGCGCUGUCCAGAGAGGGGAGGGAGAAUCUGCUCGCUCGCAAGUGGAGGCAGUGGAGCGUAGAGGCUUGUUGACGUAUCUGAGACCCCAUGCUUGCUUGCGGCGGUGUGAAAUUCCUGUGAGGGCAGGGCAGGCAGGGCAUGCAUGGGAAAGUGGGAAUUCGAAGAGGAUGUUGGUCAAAGCGUCAGAGAAUGUGGAGCUGUCAAGAGAUGGAGUGAAUUUGGCUCAGAAUCCCGACAUCAGAUCGGAUGCCGACGCCUAAAUCAAAGUAGGAUUUCCACACGUGCUAAUUCGCCAGUAAUCAACAAAUUGAUCAUAAUCAUGUGCAGUACAACUCACUCGUCCGUGAGAAACGAACACCGA